CGAGCCUAAUAUCACUAUAAAAACGUCUUCUGAAACCAGUACACCUUAUACUCCAGCUUCCACCUCUACCACUACUACUGGAAAUGAAGCGGUCACGCUAGCGGACGAAAUUAAGAAAUAUAAGACGGCUGAGCUUAUAGAUUUUUUGCGUAAGGAGGAGGACUUGGGUCUUGACGACGAUGACUUGGAAAUAAUUCGCAAACAAAGGGUAAACGGCCGUACCUUUUUCAAGAUAGCCAAGGAUGAGCUUCGAAGUGCUGGCUUAGGUUUGGGACCUGCAACGGCUCUCAUGGACUUUGCCAAGGAAUGUAAGGAUAAGAAGUUGAGGGCCUUUUCAACAUACCGCAGUUUGAAGGAGGUGUUGAAGAAAUAUGGUAUCGAUGGUAACGGUACGGACACUAUCCCACUUUUUUCACUACAAACCCACGAAAUUCAAGACUCCAACGAGCACUUCAAGCAAUGUAUGGCAGAAAUAUUAGUCAGGCUAAAAAACUACGGGACUUUGGUUGUGGGUAGUUUGGAAGCCAUGCGCAAUGAGUACGUCGUGGCCAUCCUCCAUUCCGCAAUAAAUAUAACCAGGGAUGCCACCGGAAAAGAACUCAGCAUGAGGCCUGAAUACGAAGUAAUAGGUGAUGAAAGUACGGGACGGGUUGAUUACGCAAUCAAGGAUGCCGAGAACCUUAUUUGCAUCACGGAGGAUAAACCACAGCGUAAUGUAAUCGAAGGCUUCGCUCAGAAUAUCGUGCAGUUGGAGAAUUCGUAGAUUAUCUCUAUGGUAUUGUGACAACCGCUCGAGACUGGCACUUCCUGCUCUAUACACCUGGAAAAAUUUCGCAAGGGAGCAAGCUACCGCUAAGCAUCGAAUUUUCCGAAGAUGCUUUGGAUAAGAAGUCCCCGGAAUAUCAAACGCUGUGUAAUGGUGUGAAAAAGAUUUUAAGUGUGGUGGUAGGGAUAAUAAAGGAUAGGGCGUGUGUGGAGGAUGAACCGGAUAGAAAGAGGGUCAGGACAGAGGGUUAUCGAAUGAAAAAAUAAUUUUGUAUAUUAGCCUAGACGUCAUGUAUCACGGGCUACGUCCCGAUCCUAUGUAUUUAUUUUUUGCAUGUAUUAAUAAAAAAUUAUCUUGGCAAAACCGUAUCCCUAGGAUAUGAUCAGCCGAAAUAA